CUCAGACUCUGGGCCUUGGGGCAGCAGCCACGAAUAUCGGCAUGUAGGACACUGCACUCCUCCGUCGUGAGCAAUGCAACGGCUACCACAGAGGCAGCAUCAACACCGGCAGCCUCCAAGUGGGAGCCGACUUCAGUGCGGACGGGCCUAAUUGCUCGCAAACGCGGCAUGACGGUUAUGUGGGAUGACCACGGAGCAAGGUUCCCAGUUACGGUUCUUCAGUUAGAGAACUGCCAAGUCACUGCGAACAUCAAGACCGUCCGGAAGGACUUGUCGGAAUAUCAUGCUGUUCAAGUCGCUGCAACGGACAGACCAGCCAAAACAGCUACCAAACAGAUGCUAGGCCACUUCAAAAAGGCCGGUGUGGACCCAAAACGCAUUGUGAAGGAGUUUCCGGUCACUCCUGAUGCCCACGUACCAAUUGGCACCACCCUUUCUGCAGUUCAUUUUGUCCCCGGACAAUAUGUCGAUGUCAUUGCGAAUUCUCUAGGGAAGGGAUUCCAAGGGACAAUGAAGAAGUGGAAUUUCAAGGGUCUUCGGGCCAGCCAUGGUGUAUCCGUCUCCCACCGCUCGGCAGGAGCCAUCGGUGCUCACCAAGAUCCCGGCCGUGUUUGGCCAGGAAAGAAGAUGGCUGGUCGCCUGGGUGGUGUGCGGACAACAACCCAGAACCUCGCCGUCAUUCGUGUCGACAGUGCUCUCGACCUCAUCUUCGUGCGUGGCUGUGUACCCGGUAUUGACGACGCACAUGUUAUGGUACGGGACGCCAAGAAGAAGAUGAUUAGCGUCGCGCGAGUCAAUCAUGCUAAGGGUGAUUUCGACAAGCUACUGCCGAAGGGCAUACUCGGCCUGCCAUUCCCUGCUGGAACGAAGGAGAUGGCAAAGGAGCUACCAUCAGUCAUCGAGGCUCCCACUCACCGCAGGAGCCCAUUCCUUCCUAUAUCAUGAACAUGUCAUUUUACUUCCUACUGCAUUGAUU